AUGGACGCAACAACGCCAGCGCUGAUACCUCCGUUCCGAUUCAGUACAAUGCAGCAUGGACUGUACCGUGGAGCGUAUCCAACACUAAAAAACUUUCGCUUUUUACGCCGCCUUGGGCUUAAAACUAUGGUCUCAGUGAUUCCAGAGCCACCCACAAGUGACUUGGUGGCAUUUUGCACGAGCGAAAGGAUCACGCUGCUUCAUUUUUACGCUGAAAAAUUUACGUCUGACAAUGUGACAGUAUCGCCAGCUACAGUGGCACAAAUUAUAGAAAUUCUCAUUCAAAAAAAGAAUCUACCACUAUAUAUUCACUGCCUGGAUGGAGCUAAUGUCACAGGUAUCGUUGUCAUGAUUCUUCGCAAGCUUCAGCACUGGACCAAGCUCGCCACAGUGUCGGAAUUUUGCAGAUUUACGCGGGACCACGCGAUUGAAAAAAACGAAUCCGAAUACCUGACAACUUUUUCGGAAGAGGUUGUGGUGACUGCGGAUGCCCCGCUUUGGCUAUGGAAUGGAAUGCGUCUUACAAAGCAUCCAACAAUGAUUGUACAUCAACCCGAUCUGGAUCUUUCUACUGCUAGUAUUUUGGAUGCUGCAGGUAAUCCGAACAACGGUGUACCUAACCUUAAGUGGGAAACAGAAGUUGAAAAGACUGAAGCAAUCCUGCGGCAAUUUGAAAAAGCUAGUCGUAAUCGCAUCGGAGACGCUGUUGAGGGUAGUGAAGAGGCCGAAAACAUCAUAGAGGAUGCUUUGCAGGAUUUACCGCUCGCUCGGUCGCUCGAAGCAUUAGACCUUGCAGGAAUUUAA